AUGGAAAAAGAAGAAAAAGCAGCCCUGAAUAGGAGGAAGUGGCCUGCAGGAAAGCUGAACUUAAAUGCCCCACUUCUAUCGACGAGGCGAACUAUUGGUGUCAACAGACUGGAGGAUGUGCAAAAUGCAAAUUCGGUUCGCGUUUCUUGGGAUAAAUUCGAGAGGAUACCUUUCUCUUGGGAGCAAACCCCUGGCAAGCCCAAGGAGAGGGGUGAAGAAAGCGACGGCGAGAACGCUGAAGAAAUAAUACCCCCUCCAAAACCACCGCCGGGCUGCCGAUGGCUUCCAACAGAGGAAGAAGCCGAUCCCAAGCGCGAUUCGUGUGAAGGUGAAGCGGAGCGGGGGCAUGACCAUGAUGAUGGUUGCGAGGGGGACGUGGAGGAUGACGGUGGAGUAGGGGCCCACGAAGAUUGGAAGGGCGGUGAUGGCGUUUCGUCGAACGAGCUGGACAUAUUCUCGUUAGCCCAGUCGGUCGAGACGGUUGACAGCUGGAAAGAGCUGAGGAGGAAAUUGGGGAUUGAAAAUGGGGAUAUGGAGGAAGGCAUAGGCUGUCAUUCGCCCAGUUUUAUGAUCCAGCGAUUUUUGCCGGACGCCAAAGCAUUGGCUGCUGCGGCAUCAUCAUCAUCAACCAGCCUGAAGAAGGACCUAAUUAAUUCAGAUGAUGAGAAGAGCAAGAAGCAUCCUAAAUCAAGCAGCGGUGCCGGCAGAAGGAGAGCUUCCGGAGCUAUUAGGACUGCGACGCAAUCGUGGUCAUAUUCGUCGUGGAAGGGCUGCGGCCUCGAUAUUUUGUUGCCUUGGCGAAUGAAACCCAGGCCAUGCGGGUGUGGGGUGGUGAAGGGUAGACCGGCCAUGGCACUGGCAACAUCUAGACCUCAGUGGAGCGGCAGCAGCAGAAAAUAG